GUCAAGUGUGGCGUGUGGUGUGAGAAUGGGUCAAAUUGCGUGACUGUCACACUCAAAGCGUGACGCUUGGCAGCUCUGGUGUCAUGUGUGUGUUUAAGUGUGUGUUAAGAUGCCUUUGCUUCACAGGCUAACGUUACGUAGCGUACAAGUGUUAUUGGUACGCGACCUUCACCACUAACACCAAGGUCAACAAUACAACCGUUAUUUUUAUUUCUAUAUGACUGUAACAUAUGUCAUAUUAAGUUAGGUGAAGUAACGUUAAACAGCAAAUAACUUGGGUAACGUUACCAACGUUACUGUGUAUGCUAGCAUAAGCUAACGUUAUUGUACACGAAAUUAGCAUUAGCUAACGUUAGCAAACUCAAGGUGAGUGGUGUUUAACGUUAACGUGUUUGCUGCUUGACGUUACGUUACUUAACAUAACUUUAUCAGUUACAGUUUUUAAGGAAUUAAAAGGGGUUGUACUGUUUACCUUGGUGUUAUUGGUGGAGGUCGUGUGGCUCACGCCUCGUUUCCACUUUACUCUGAGUACGUAUGCGAGUUAACCGGAAGUCCAUUCAUUCCUAUGAGAGCCUCCGUGAUGUCUGAUGUGUCGGCGAAACUCUUAUUUUAACUAAUGAGCGCUUGAUAUCAGAUCCUGAUGGUCGUUAAUUACGUACACAGUUAGCAAUUACCUUCCUUGAUCAAGCUCAGGACCAGGAGGAGUCAGACGGAGACGGAGCUCUGCAGCCAGACCCUACUCGACCAUUGAAAAUCACCACAGCUCACACACCCACUUGAAGGAGCCUCCCCCUGUCCUGCUCCAGCCAUUGGACUCCCCAGUAAAUGAUUAACCGCAUCAAUCUGAGGACUCCUUCCACAACAUCCUCACAUGGACGAACAGCAACAGAUGGAAAGAACACCUAGGUCAUUGUUCAAGUAGCGGGACCCUGUUUUUUUAAUAGGUGCCCAGAGAAAACAACAGAUUUACACAGUGUUGAUGUCACAAACUGAUUGAUUUCCCUCUGAGUGUCCUGCAGCUCAUAGUAACAACACAGAUAAAAUCAACUCCGGGCCAGACAAGUUGACCAUUAACCUCCCCUACUGAUUGCACGCACGUUUCUGCUUGUAGGCAGCCUAUUCUGCAGGGGAUCCUGUAGCAAAGUUCACUGUCACAGGCCGCAGACGUCUGUGAAACACCAGGAGCUUGCUCCCACCUCUGGAUUUAUCCUCUGUUCUUUCCACCUUCUGCCAUUUUUAUAGAAUUUAAUCCGCAGACAUGGCUAAAGCAAGUUAUGGAUACUACCGAGCCACUAUAUUUUUGGCCAUGUUCGUAGGCUACACACUGUACUACUUUAACAGAAAGACUUUCUCCUUCGUGAUGCCUUCGCUCAUGCAAGAAAUUGAGCUGGAUAAGGAUGACUUGGGCAUGAUCACCAGCAGUCAGUCUUUGGCCUACGCUAUCAGUAAGUUCAUCAGUGGCGUGCUUUCGGACCAGAUCAGUGCCCGCUGGCUCUUCUCCAUUGGCCUGUGCAUGGUGGGAGGCAUCAACUUGGUCUUCUCCUGGUCCUCCACUGUUGCUGCCUUCUCCGUCCUGUGGUUUUUCAAUGGCCUGGGCCAGGGCCUUGGCUGGCCUCCCUGCGGUAGGGUGCUGCGCAAGUGGUUUGAGCCCUCUCAGUUCGGGACAUGGUGGGCCGUUCUCUCCUGCAGCAUGAAUCUGGCUGGCAGCUUGGGCCCCAUUAUUGCUACAGUGCUGACCCAGAGUUACAGUUGGAGGACGAUACUGUCGGUAUCUGGGAUGAUUUGUGUGGUGGCCUCCUUUUGCUGUCUGCUGCUCAUCAAGAAUGAGCCCAAGGAGGUGGGGCUGCCCAAUAUAGACACAGGAGCCAAGAAGAGCAAAGGAGGAGCCUCCACUGAUGAGAGCACCCUGUCGGAAUUCCUGCUGUCACCCUAUCUGUGGCUGCUUUCUGUGUCCUAUCUGGUGGUGUUCGGGGUGAAGACAGUCUGCACAGACUGGGGCCAGCUGUUCCUCAUUCAGGACAAGGGCCAGUCUGCACUUAUGGGUAGCUCAUACAUGAGUGCCCUGGAGGUUGGAGGCCUGUUGGGCAGUCUCGCUGCAGGUUACUUCUCUGACAAGGCGGUGGCCAAA